GAGAGUGGAGUUUUGCGGAGGGAAACAGCGGACGCUCGGAGCGUCCGACGCGGCAAUGAAUCCAUCUUCUUCCUCAUUUUGAAUUUGAAAAACCCAAUAGAGAAUAGAAUUGCACAAACAGCUCAAACAUCAAACAAAUCGUCCCAUUUUUAUCAACUCUCUCACCCCCUCCUUCCCUGAUCGUGUUUCUCUGAAAAUUUCAAUUCAAAAUCAACCCUAACCAUACUUCUACAUCGCCCACGUUCAAUUCAUAGCCCACGUUUUUUCUCCUUCCAUGAACCACAAAUUUUUAGUCUUGAUGGCUUUCUGUUGGUGGGUUCAAAUGGACAACUGAAUCAUACUUUUUUUCAAACGUAGUAAUGGAGGAUGAAGUUGUUUCAGAUGGGUCAUUUUCCUUCCCCAUAUCUGAACCGAAGUUGAAGUUGGGUGACAAACGGAGCAAUGCUGAAUUUGUCGAAUACUCGAAACUCAGAUGUAAGCGGGUGAAAACGAGAGAUCUGGAGUCUCUGUUUCACUCUAGAGAAAAUUUAGAAGGCGAUCGCCAUUUUCUCCCUGCUGAGAAAAAGAAACCUCAGAGCUUCAAGGGCACUGCAAGAGCAAAAUCUGUUAAAUCUGUCCCUACGCCGCUCGAUUUCAUUGCCAAAGUUUGUGCGGCUAGCAAUUCAGUUGACGAUGAUUCAUUACAUUCUGCUAAAAAAUUGCCCUCGUUAAAGAAGCAUGAAAUAGAACAAGAAGUUAAUUUUGGAACAUCAAGGGGUUUUGCCUUGGAUAUGAAUUCAGAAAAUGUUUCUAGCUCACAGAAUCAAGAACCACUUUGUCCUCACAAAAACCGUGGAUAUCUUAAAUUGGGUGAUGCUUCGGAGUGUGGGACCACUACCAGUCCACUGAAGGAGAAAGAUACGAUGAGAGUUUGGAAAGAGAUGAAGCAAAAUGGUUUCCUUUCAUCUUCUUAUGGAGCCAUACCAGUGCCAAGGCCAAGCAGGAGGAAAACUAAAAGUGACACUAAAAAUAUGGAGCUUGCUAAGAGAGUACAAGUCGACAAGUUCGUGAGAAUUGCUGCUCCAACUGGACUGCUGAAUGAGUUGAACCCUGGGAUCAUAAACCAUGUAAGGAACAUGAAACAGGUUCAUUCAAUAAUAGAAGCUCUUGUCAAGUCUGAGAAACUAGAAAAUCAUCCGGCUGGACAUGAGCAAGCUAUUCCAAAGAAGAGCGCUACUAAAAGUAAAAGUAUUAUUGACAGGAGAAAGGACCUGAAGAAUGAAAAUGGCUUAGGAAUGAGAAGACUCUCUCUUUCUGGUGAAGAUGGGUCUUUGAGUUCUUCAUUAGGGAGCCAGCAGAAAAGAGGUUGCCCAAUGUUGCUGAGUGAAUCAGUUUACUUGAAUUCCUAUCACAAAGGGGGAGAUGGUGAAUCAAGCAACUUAGAGAGGACUUUUGGUAAAACUACAUGCGGAUCAUUUCCAAUGCAAGAAAGUGAGGAUGAUAUACUUAAACUGAAGUUGUCACCAUCUACGACUACGGCGUCAGAUAAUAUUAGUUCUUUGUCUAGUGAGGAGUCAGCAAACCUAACCAGUGUCUCUGCUCUUUCAUUUAAAGCUGCUAAUAUAGCUUCUCAAUGGUUGGAACUUAUUUGUCAAGACAUUAAAGGCCGUCUCACAGCACUGGGGCUUAGCAAGAAGAGAGUUCGAGCUGUUAUUAGUACGGAAAUGCCUUUUCUAAUGUCCCGAGAAUUCUCAAGUAAUCAAGAGAAUGAUCAGCCCGCUAUUAAAAACCCUGCUGCUGGAUGUCAUGUCGCUAGAUGGAGUGCUCUUUUUCAUCAGAUGGAAAAAGCCCUCUCUGAGGAAGAGAAGCAACUGGAGAAUUGGUUGAGCAAAGUAAAAGAAAUGCGGCUCCAUUGUAAUCAGGGCCUACAACAUUUCUGCAACCCAUUACAUGGUUUGAAAUGGAUGGGAACACUAGAAGAUAACUCCACCUUUUCUUGUUCAUGCAGAUUACAGGAAUUGGCUGUAAGGGCAGCUGCAGCUUCUAUUUAUUCAACAUGCAACUUCGUAUUGUCCACACAAAGUAUAUAAUUUUUCUGAUUGUUUUGUUCCCGUCUCAGGCUAGUCUAAUUGUUCAUUAUGGUCUUGCUGAUCUCUUUGCAUUUACAAAGUUAAUGAUUCCUUCUUUUAGGGUU